AUGACAUUAAUCAUAUUCAUUAUUUUACAACUUAUUCUACUUAGAGAUCAGAUUAAUGCAAAUAUAAACCGACAUGACAUUAUAUUGGACUAUGGAGAGAUGACCAAUGGAAAUUCAAAAUCUGCAGAACUGAAAUCCCUAGAGUUCCUAAAAAAUCCUUAUAUUUUAGAAGGUGAAGAAAUACCAGUUAUAUUUUCUGUAUUAGAUUGGUUAGAAGUCAGGUCACCUAAGAAGUUUCUGAGAAUUCAUCACGUACCAAUUGAGGAUAUGAACCAAAAUUCUGGAGAAUACACUAUAGGACCAAUUUCAAGCAAUGUAUCCAAUGAGGUUAAUAUUUCUACAAUAGAUAUUGGUAAUCAUAGUCAAAAUUUGGAUGGAGUUGGAAAAAGUCAGCCAUUGGAAAUAUCAUCACCUUGUGAAGAACAAGGAAGUAAUCCUACAUAUAUAACUCCCACUCCAACUAACUUAAAGUUCAACAGCUCAUAUACCAACUACUCUAUACUAAAAUGUCCCAAUAAAGCUAUCAAGAUCACUGUAGAUAAAAUAAGGAAUAUAUUACCCCGGUUCCCUAUUAAGUGGAAUUCUCAUAAAGAAUCCCAACUUUGCUAUUCAAUUGAUAGUGACUCUAAGUCAUGCUGUUAUAAAUCAAAGAAACUUAAGAAUCACGGAACUUUGGUUACUUAA